AGAUGUUCAUUACUAGAAGAUAGUCUCGUUGACGCUGUUACUACGAUCGUAUCGCAAUACCGUGUAGAGCUGUGCAUACUUAGUUAACAUUUGAAGUGGGCUAUCAGCAUGGCGUACAAUCAAGACGAGCUUGAGGCUCCGGGUUGGUUGAACGAUGAGUUCUUCCGUGAUGUGAUGCGUGAAUCAAAUAACGAUCCAACGAUCGAGUUAAUCAAGUCAUGUGUUUUACGUCCGGGCACCAAUAAAGGGGACCAUUACGCUAGUGUCAUGUUCCGCACGACCGUCACGUAUCGAUCCCAGCGUUCAAGUGAAGAGCAGUCGGUCAAUAUCAUCAUGAAAACGAAGCCUGAAGCUGACGGAUUAAAGAAGGAGCUUUUGGAUGACGAUAGAUUAUUUGCGAUAGAAAUUGAAAUGUACAGCAAGGUUCUUCCGGAGAUGACAAGAAUGUUAAAAGAGAUAGGAGAAGAGUACAAAUAUCCUCGAUACAUUUACGGUGCGUUGAAGCCUCGCACGAUCCUGAUUUUGGAAGAUAUAAGUGACCAGGGAUGGGUUAUGAGCGAUUUCAUCAGCACGUUAGACGAUAUGAAGCCAAUAGUAAAGGAUAUUGCUAUGUUUCACGCUGCGUCCGUGAUGUUGGAAAGCGCUGAUUCUACAUUUGUGGCCAGGCAUAAUUACUCAAUCGCAGAGAAAUUUAUGGGCUUCAAAGGUAUGAUCACGAAGGGCUUUGGGGAUCUGAUGCACCUCACACAGACGUGUUCAGAGUUUGCACAUUUUGCAAGGCCGUUAGGUCGUUUCCAGGAAAAUUUGCAUAAUUUCUUCACUGCAUUAUAUAUCCCUUCGAAAACAAUCCAAAACGUGUUGAUACAUGGAGAUUUUCAUAGUAAAAACAUGCUGCAUCAAGUCGAUGUUGAAGGACGACACACCAAUACGAUACUGCUUGAUUAUCAGAUCUGUUGCUGGACCAGUCCAGCGGUUGAUUUGUACUAUCUACUGGAUAUGAUACAGACUCAAGAGGUGAAGGACAAACAUCGGUCUGAGUUGAUCUAUAUGUAUUAUCAACAGUACAGUGAUUUACUGAAGCGGCUAGGAUAUGCGGGUAAAAUACCGUCCUUGCUGGAUCUGCAGAUAGAGCUUCUACGAUAUGCUGGACUAGAGAUAUUCCACUACGCAAUGUUCAGUUCGUUUCGGUACAUGGAUCAAACAGCGAUUGAUAUAGAGGCAUACUUGAAGGGAGAGCUUGAAAAUCCUGCUUUCAACAACCCAGAGUUCAAGAAGCUUAUGCAUAGCGAGCUAACGCGCUUCCUACAUCAAGGAACAUUAUCUUGAAUGAAUGAUAAUCAAGGUGUUGGGUCGUGAAUAAAAAAGCUACUUCAUGUGUGAUUUGAAGUACUAGUGUGCGAAAA